UAUUCUGCAAAAAUAAUGAAAAAAAAAAAUAACAUUGAGACAGUUAUGAAUUCCAUUGAGUUUCCCUCACUUGAUCGAACAACUCAAAUUUCAGUUAUUUCAACUACAUCAAAUGAUCUUUCAAAUUGGUCAAGACUCUCUAGUUUAUGGCCACUUCUCUAUGGUACCAGUUGUUGCUUCAUUGAAUUUGCUUCAUUAAUAGGCUCACGAUUCGACUUUGAUCGUUAUGGAUUAGUACCAAGAUCUAGUCCUAGACAAGCGGACCUAAUUUUAACAGCCGGCACAGUAACCAUGAAAAUGGCUCCUUCUUUAGUGAGAUUAUAUGAACAAAUGCCUGAACCAAAAUAUGUUAUUGCUAUGGGGGCAUGUACAAUUACAUGGGGGAUGUUCAGUACCGACUCUUAUAGUACUGUUCGGGGAGUCGAUAAGCUAAUUCCUGUAGAUGUCUAUUUGCCGGGCUGUCCACCUAAACCGGAGGCGGUUAUAGAUGCUAUAACAAAACUUCGUAAAAACUAUCUCGAGAAAUUUAUGAAGAUCGAAUUAGGUCUCAACCCGGGAAUCGGUGUUUUACUACCAAUCACAAGUUUAAUAUUGAACGCGCUACUCAUACUGGAAAUUAUGAUCAAGGAUUACUAUAUCAACCACCGUCUACUUCCAAAGAUCCCUCCUGAAACAUUUUUCAAAUAUAAAAAAGGUCAGUAUCGUCCCACGAAUUAGUAAAUUAGAGGAAGAGCCCAUUUGUACAGAAUAACAAAAAAGGCAAACCAAUCUUCAUAAAUUUCAUCGUGAAUGUGAAAUACUUAUAUUAUACAAAAAAUAAUUAUUAAAAUUAUUAUACAAAUAAAAAUGCGGAAGGGAGAAAAAAGAUGCAGGGUCGUUUGUCUGCUUGGCUAGUCAAACACGGACUGGUUCAUAGAUCUUUGGGUUUUGAUUACCAAGGAAUAGAGACUUUACAAAUAAAGCCCGCAGAUUGGCAUUCCAUUGCUGUCAUUUUAUAUGUAUAUGGUUACAAUUAUCUGCGGUUGCAAUGUGCCUAUGAUGUAGCGCCGGGCGGGCUGUUAGCUAGCGUAUAUCAUCUUACGAGAAUAGAGUAUGGUAUAGAUCAACCAGAAGAAGUAUGUAUAAAGGUAUUUGCCCCAAGGAAGAAUCCUAGAAUUCCGUCUGUUUUCUGGGUUUGGAAAAGUGCGGAUUUUCAAGAAAGGGAAUCUUAUGAUAUGUUGGGAAUCCUUUAUGAUAAUCAUCCGCGUCUGAAACGUAUCUUAAUGCCGGAAAGUUGGAUAGGGUGGCCCUUACGUAAAGAUUAUAUUGCUCCUAAUUUUUAUGAAAUACAAGAUGCUCAUUGAAUAAUAAGAAACUAAUCUUCAGUCUUCCAACUACAAAUAUUCAAGGACUAUUUGUACGCUCUCUUAUAGAUCAACGGAGUCAUUGAAGUUUCAUUCAUAUUAUUAUGGAUAUGGAUAGACUAAAUCAAAAAAAAUAAUACAAUUAGGGAUUCGUUGAAUUCUCAAAUUUUGAAGAUAUUGAUUUUUGACAAGUCGAGUUAAUAGGAUGAACUAAACGAAUUCUGCAUCAUGAACUUUGUACCGCGCGCAUCCCUUAGAUGAGCUCUAAAAAGUCACAUAACAUAGGAGGGAAUUAAGAAAUAGAAAAAGAAUAUGAAAUAAAAUACAAAGAAAUGAAAGAGGAUCGGAUUCUAUUUAUAUUGUAUCUGAGACGAAUCUUGGGUAUUUCCACUCCUCAACUCCUAUCGACUAGACUUUUAGGUCUUUUAACUAACUAAAGUGACUUUAACUUUUCGAGUCUAUAUGAAGUAUUAACAUUCUUUUUGAUCGAGGGGAGACAAAUUAUGAACAAAUCAAAUAAAAAAGAAGAGGAAACAUAAUCUAAUUUUUUUUUACAUACUUUUUUAUAACAUAAACGCUUUACUCAUCUAAAAAGGCUAUAUCUCCAGACAUCUAGAUGGAUAAGUUAAGUAUAUAUCAUGAUCUAUACUAUUAAUGAAUAUGUAUGUCGAUCUAUAUCAGAUCUAUAUCAAUUAAUUUGAUAUAGUUGUAGAAUAGAUACUCAUACACAAAUUAAUCAUGUGCCAGGAACCAGAUUUGAACUGGUGACACGAGGAUUUUCAGUCCUCUGCUCUACCAGCUGAGCUAUCCCGACCAUUUUCAACGCGUCGUCUUCCUCAUUUUACUAAACGGCU